AUGGGUGGAAGAGGCGUAUGUCAAACUUUUAUCAAUGGCAUUCUCACCAUAUUAACAUUUUUAUAUUUAGCUAUUGGUCUUACUGUAAUUGGACUAACGUUAUGGCUUCGAUUAGAUCCAACAUUUGAGGAAAUGAUACGAAAGAAUAUUCUUCGAAUUAAUAAUGAAAAUGAAGAAAUGAAUGAAGUGAAAGAACAAAUUCGACUUGGUUUGACGAUAUCAUUUUGGGUAAUUUGUGGUUGUGGGAUUGCAGCUUCUCUAAUUGGCUUUGUUGGUGUUUGUGGUGCAAUGUUUGCAAAUCGUGCGACACUUAUUCUAAACUUGAUAACAUCAGUGAUGCUAAUAGCUAUUGAAUUAGCAAUUGCUCUUUUCAUCUUUCUUUACAAACCAACAAUUGAAGAAACAGUAACUCGAUAUGUUAAUUUAGCAGAUGAACUGAAUGGUUCAUUGGAUGAUAUGAAGACGAUUACAUCAAGGUAUAAAUGUUGUAGUGCAAGAGAUGAUACCUUAUCAAGAUGUAUGAUUGUCAACCAGCUCACCUGUACGACAGCACUAUGGAAUCAUUUGGAAAAUAAUUUAAUUCUAGCAGGUUAUUUUACAGCAGGUAUCAUCAUACAGCAAACUUUAACAAGUCUUUUAUGCAUCACAAAGAUUGCAUCGAGUAUUUAA